UCGCCGCCAGCGUCUCGCGUUCUCCAGCGGACGGCUAUAAAAUAGCAAUCGAGUCCGAGAAAGCUCGAUCUUGAGGAAUCUGUAUACAGAGACAUGGCGUCGGCGGCGGCGGCGGCGAUGGGAGAUCGGAGUUUAGAGGGCAAGGUGGUGAUGGUCACCGGCGCUUCUUCCGGCAUCGGCCGGGAGAUCUGCCUCGACCUCGCCGACGGCGGGUGCAAGAUCGUCGCAGCCGCGAGGAGACUCCAGCGUCUCCUGUCCCUCUGCGACGAAAUCAACGGCUCCUCCGCGGGAACCGGAAGUGUGCGCGCGGUGGCCGUCGAGCUCGACGUCGGCAGCGGCAGCGCCGCCAUCGAGGCCGCGGUGAAGGCAGCGUGGGAGGCCUUCGGCCACGUCGACGUCCUGGUGAACAACGCCGGCGUCAGGGGUGGCGUUUACUCGUCGCUAGAUUGGUCCGAAUCCGACUGGAAUAACAACGUGAACACGAACCUCACCGGCUUGUGGCUCGUCACCAAGCACCUCUGCCACCGAAUGACCGUCGCCGGCCGGUACCGGGGCUCGGUCAUCAACAUCUCCUCCAUUGCCGGGCUGCAACGCGGCCAACUCCCUGGCUCUCUCGCCUACUCGGUCUCCAAAACGGCUGUCAAUUCGCUCACUAGGGUGAUGGCAUUGGAGCUUGGAGUUUAUGGGAUUAGGGUGAACUCAAUAUGCCCAGGGCUCUUCAAGUCAGAGAUAACUAAUCGGUUGAUGGAAAAGGCGUGGCUCGGAAAGGUGGCAGAGAAGACGGUGCCCCUGAGGACAUUCGGCACCGUGAACCCGGCUGUGACUUCGGCUAUCCGCUACCUGAUCAGCGAUGCAUCAGAGUAUGUGACCGGGAAUAUAUUCGUGGUGGACGCCGGCGCCACCCUUCCCGGCGUCCCCAUCUUCUCCUGCCUUUGAUGUAAUACUAAAAAUACAUUAAUAGAAGUUGCAUCGUACAAGUGCCUAGUUGCAUCUACAA